AUGGUUCUCCGGCGAGCGUACGCAUACAACUUGCGGCCGGUAGUGGGCGCUGUUGCGCUCAUAGCCGCAAUAUGGUCGUUGCUCGCUGUAACAGCAGACAAGCAUUACGAGGCCAACAAGCUCGCAACCUUCGCCGUCGUGCUGGGUAUCAUAUACGCUGUCGUCACAGGUAUCGAGGCAUUCGGCGUCAUGGCCGCUAUUUCGCAACGGCUAUGGAUGGCACGGAUUUACGCCUUGCUGUCCGUUGGCUCUGCGCUGGCAGCCGUCGCGGCUGGGUUCAUGCGGGUCAUUGUACACUUCACCUUGAAGGAAUACGGCUUCUGGGGCCCAACGUUCGACACGAAGCUCAGUGCCGGUCAAGCCAACGAUUACUGCAAAGGCAUCUGGAGCCACGACUCCGCUGUUGAAAUCAUUUCGCUCAUCAUCGAGAUGCUCCUCGCGGCGUUCUUCUGCAUGCUCUCCUUCGCCUACUACCACCAACUCCUCGACCCCACCAGCGCCGCCAACGUCACGCGCCGGCCCGGCCCGGCCGCCGUCCCCCCGCGCGACUUCGACGACGGCGCGGGGGCGGGCGCGCAGGGCUUCCCCUCGCACUACAACCCGCCAUACCUCGGCUACGACGCGCCCGCGCCGCACGCCGUGCCCCCGUACGACGAGGCGGACGGCGCGAAGGGCGACCUGCCGUACGGCGGCGCGAAGCCGCCGAUGUACAGCGAGGACGAUAUCGCGACAUAUGGCAGGUACGGCGCGAAGGCGGCGGAUCCGUUCGCGGACUUUGACGAGGGGAAGCCAAGGAGGGAGGCGACGGGCGAGCGGGGCGAGUUCGUUUGA